UGCCGGUGACACCCGGGCGGCCGCGCCCGCGGGCCGCCGCGCUCCUGCCCCGGGCUCCUCUCUCCCGCUCCCCGCGGGGCGGCGGCCCGGUGCCUUCCCCGUCCCGCACGCCUCCGCUGCCCGCCGGCGCGACUCCCUCCCCGCGGGCGGCGGGCCCGGCUCUCCUCCGCGGCGCCGGUUCCCUCCUCCCCUCGCCGGCGGAGGAAGGAGGCGGCCGCCGGCCCUCUCCGACCGCGCAUGCGGCAGCGCCGGGCCGGGGCAGCGCUGCCGCGCUCGGGGGCUGAAGUGUGGGUGUCCCUUCCCCCGGCCCCGUCCCCUCCUCCCCUGCGGGCCCCCGGCAGCGCCCCCGCAGAUGGGCUUGGGCUGGAGCAGCGCGGAGGAGCGGCGGCCCCUCCUGCCGCCGCCGCCGCAGCAGCCGCGGCCGCAGCCGCAGCCGCGGGGGCCGGCGGGGGUCCCGGCGGGGCGGCUGCCGCCGCUGUCGGGCCGCGUGUACGGGCGGCGGUGGCUGGUGCUGCUGCUGUUCUCGCUGCUGGGCUUCGCGCAGGGCCUGGUGUGGAACACCUGGGGCCCUAUCCAGAACUCGGCCCGCCUGGCCUUCGGCUUCAGCGGCUGGGACAUCGCCCUGCUCGUCUUCUGGGGGCCCAUCGGCUUCGCGCCCUGCUUCUUCUUCAUGUGGCUCAUGGACAAGAAGGGUCUGAGGGUAACAGUGUUACUAACAUCAUCCCUCAUGGUAUUGGGAGCUGGCCUGAGAUGUGUUCCAGUUUCAGACCUAGAAAUUAGGAAAAAGCUGAUCCACGGCGGGCAGCUGCUGAACGGGCUGGCGGGCCCCACGGUGAUGAACGCCGCUCCCUUCCUUUCCACCACCUGGUUCUCCCCGGACGAGCGCGCCACGGCCACGGCCAUCGCCUCGCUGCUCAACUACCUGGGCUCCGCCGCCGCCUUCCUGGUGGGGCCGCUGGUGGUGCCGCCCCCCAACGGGACUGCUCAGCUGGGAGCGCCCAGCAACACCCAGCACAUCAAGGACCGCAUCGAGGCCGUGCUCUAUGCAGAAUUUGGAAUGGUUUCCCUGAUAUUUUCUGCAGCGUUGGCCUACUUCCCCUCGCGCCCUCCAUUCCCCCCCAGCGUGGCUGCAGCGAGCCAGCGGCUCAGCUACAGGAGAAGUUUUUGCAGACUCUUAAGCAAUUUCCGAUUCUUGAUGGUUGCUUUGGCCUAUGCCAUACCACUGGGUGUUUUCUCUGGCUGGUCUGGUGUUCUGGAUUUGAUAUUAACACCCAUUCAUGUAAGCCAGGUGGAUGCAGGCUGGAUUGGAUUUUGGUCUAUAGUUGGAGGUUGUGUUGUUGGCAUAGCAAUGGCAAGAUUUGCAGAUUUUAUCAGGGGCAUGCUGAAGUUUAUACUGCUGCUGCUUUUAUCUGGAGCAACGUUAGCAUCAACCUGGUUCACUCUCACCUGUCUAACUUCUGUCACUCAUCUGCCUUUAACCACAGCUACACUGUACACAUCCUGCAUUUUGCUGGGCAUAUUCCUCAACAGCAGUGUACCAAUAUUCUUUGAGCUCUUUGUGGAGACAGUCUACCCUGUUCCAGAAGGAAUAAGCUGUGGAGUUGUCACCUUUUUGAGUAAUGUGUUCAUGGGAGUGCUUUUGUUUUUCCUCACAUUCUACCAUACAGAGUUCUCCUGGUUCAACUGGUGCCUGCCCGGGUCGUGUCUGCUCAGCCUGCUCCUCAUCCUGUGCUUCCGCGAGUCCUAUGACAGACUCUAUCUCGACGUUGUCGUCUCCGUGUGAUCACCCCUCGCUGGUGAGGCUUGGAAGAGACUGGAAGUCGGCUUUGCAGUCUGCACAUCUGCCUGGAUUUGCACAGCUGAACAGCAGAAAAACAAAGAAAUUUCAAGACUUAAUCGUGGCUUUAUUUAGAGAGGGUGAGGGAUGGGUCGUUCUUACAUUCAAGACCAUCUUGAUUUGCCAUAAAUGUGGAACUGGAGUGGUGAUGGUGACACCAAAAUGCACAAAGAGAAUCUCUCUGCUGUCCAGGUCCCUGUGCAGGGCUGGGGCUCUCUGUUGAAGAGGCUGUUGAUGUAGCAGUGAGGUGUAUGUUGUGUGUGUGUGUGCCUGUGUGCUGACUCACGGUUAUACACACCAGGGUACCAGUAAUCUUCAGAGUCUUCUAUCAGAAUGAAAAUAGGGAAUAAUCUUAACAAAAGGAAAAAAAAUAAGAAAAGAAAACAGAAAUCUUUUCAAGAUCUCUUUAAAAUCACUAGUCAUUUAUAUAUUGAAUGUUCAUUAAACAUUUAAGCCAAAAUGAUUUGGUGCUUGUACACUACAUUUACAUUCUAAUAAAGUGGGUUCUGAUAUAAGACACUGGUACCAGGGUUUUUAGCCAUACUAAAUACCCCAAAUAAUCCUUGCAGUGAUAUUAGAGGUGUAUGUUACCACCCUGGAGCACAAGUAAACAAUAGCUUUAGCUGCCACUGAAUCCCAAACUGCACCCACAGUCAUCUCUGAAAUGCCACCCCGGUUCCGUAUCUCCUGAAUAUGGAGCAUCUGUGGGGUACUGGAGUGUCACUCUAGGUAAAUGUUGCUGUUCUAAAGGCCACCACUGUGUCACCUUUCCAUCCUCCAUCUCCAGUACUGCCUUUUUUACUGUUUGUGCCACUGAAUACUGUGGGUGUGGAUGUCUGAAUCCUGCUAGUUCUCUCCUGAUACUCUAAGGUGUGUGUGGUUUUUAGGAUUAGUUUAUGACUGAGGGUGCCUAAACAAUAUUGCUUGUAACCCAAGUCUGGAGAAAUCACUGUUUCCUAAAAAAACCUUUCUAGUUGAGGAGGUGCAUUGAUGGCGAAAUGACAAUGAGUUUGACAAUGAGUAACUCACGAGUUCUGGCAUAAUAUGGGAAAUUAAUGCCAGCUCUUUUUAUCAGUACUAAUCUGUGGUCGUUCCGGCCCUUACUUGAACAGAAAUAUUAAAGACACUUUGAAUAGUUUUUUAACUCAA